AUGUCCUAUUCCUCUGCUGGAACAUCACAUGAAAGAACCGAAAAGCACUAUAACUAUGGGAUAGAAGUCGAAAUGGGCCAGUCCACAUCGCGACCGAAACAGCGUCCAGCGGCACCCCGGCAGGAGGAAGAAGGAUGGGGGCUCUUCCACCAUGGCCAAGAUAUAUCUGCGCCUGAAGGGUCGGACUCACAGCAGGCGCAUGAAGAGAAUUUAGCUCCCAGCAAUGCCACUCCAGAGACCACGGAGGACGCCCCUGCAGGAGACGAGAUCCCGCAGUCUUCUGCGUCUGAAGCCGAGGAUACAGACCACGAAGAUGAGGAUCAGAUGGACCCCACCACGUCGCAUGAGUCCCCCUCAGCGCAGGAUGAGCAGGACAAUAGAAGUGACAACCCUGAUGAGGAACCCGGUCGAUACCCUGAGACGAGUACGCCAGGGCAGGGUUCAGAUUUUCCUCCUGACGUCUCUGGAGAAGAGACCGGAAAAGCUCAGAUAUCAGAGCCACCCAAAGUGACCGAGCGAGAGACUGGUAGCCCGGGGGCAGAUUGCACGCAAGGAGACCCCAGAGUACCGGAGAAUCCACAUGAGCCUGUUGCGAGCCACUCCGCUGACCGCACACCAUAUACCUGGUUUGACAUGGUCAUUGACCUAGAUGAUCCCAAACCCCUCGGGCCUGCAGGAUACUUUCCCGGACCCUUGACAAUGCCUGAACCGCCGCCUCUAGGACCUUGA